CGCCAAUCCCUGGCCCUGAGACAGGGGAUCUUCCGGCUGUCUCUGCCGACGGCUUCACCGCUGCAUCGAUAGCCCAAUGGAGUCGCCAGCGCUGCAACAACAAGGGGCCGAUGCCCCAAGCAUUACCAGCAGCAGAAAAGCCUUCUGCGAUUUCGCGGUCACCGCCCUUUUCAUAGGAGUGACAGCCUCGUUUGUGGAGCUCUCCAAGCACGUCAGCCCCUCGCUCGGCCUGAGCCCUGGCGGCGCAGGCCUGGCGCUCACACUCCUGCUGCUCGUUGUGCUCGUGCCAGUCUGCGAGCAGCUCGGCGGUGCUCUCUUCAACCCCGCAAACAACGCCUUCUUGUAUGCUACUGGCCAGGGAUCUGGGCAGGAACAUAUCUUGCGCUCGGUGGCGCAAGCAGUUGGUGGCGUGGUGGGAGCGCUGCUGGCCACAGCGCUGCUGCCAGUGAGCUGGACCAGGGAGCUGAGCGUCAUGGCUGUGGGCCUGCGGCCGGGGGUGACCUUGCUGGAGGGCGUGGCCUGCGAGUUUAUCUUGGGCUCGCUGCUCGCCUUUGUGGUCCUGCUGGCCGGCCAGCUUAAGAGCAGCGCCCUCAAGCUCUGGAUCCCACUGAUUGCCACCGUGGUCGCCGUCAAGGCAGGGGCCAGCUACACCGGCCCAUCCCUCAACCCAGCCUUCACCUUUUCCUGGGUGUUUGUUUAUGAGCUGCAAAGCCCGGCGGAGCACUUGCUUGUGUUCUGGCUGGCGCCCAUCGCGUCUGGGCUGUUUGGCGGCUUUGCUUUCCGCGGGUAUCAGCUGUUCCAGCAGGACCGCACACGGCGGCAGCAGCAGCAGCAGGGCCGGCGGCGGGCAGGCCGCUCAAAAGAGGAGUGA